GAGUGUGAUGUCAGAGGUCAGGGAGAACAGUGAAKGGGAGGUGUGUAUGGGUGAACAUGUGUGUUGGAGCACUAGGACAGGGCCAUUCCUCUCCAGUAUAAAUACUGGGUCCUGGUGGAGACGGGUAGAAAAGUGAUGCAUACACCUUCAGGACUGUGUGAAAAGACAAAAGAGGAGUCAAACUUAUCAUAAAAGGAGGUUACACGGCAGAGAAGAGAAGAUUCACAGAGGAGUUAUUCACCACAAAGAGUGGAGAAUGACUGACCAAAACGGUGUAUUCAUGGGGAUGGACCUGCUUUGCCAGGUGAACAGCCAUGCCCAUCGUACAGAGGAGAUGGACGUGGAAAGGCUGCUGGUUCGUAGGGGGCAGCCCUUCUCCCUUGCCUUGCAGUGCUUCACAACCCUGCCCCCUAAACACAAACUAGCCAUGAUCUUGCAUCUAGGUAAGGAGGGUGAGGUGGUUGUGAAGGUGUUGGAUGCCCGUGCUGGCAGUGACAAGUGGUGGUUCCGCCAGCAGGGGGCUCAGAGUGAGGUGCUGCUGACGAUCCACAGCCCAGCAGACGCCCCUGUGGGAAUCUACAGCGUGACAGUGCUGCUCCUCUCCCCUGAUGGACACAUCCUGGAGAAGACAACACCAGAGUCGUURUACCUGCUCUUCAACCCCUGGUGCAAAGCUGACUCUGUGUACCUCCCUGAUGAGGAGCUGCUAGAGGAGUACAUCCUGAAUGAAAAUGGCCUCCUUUACCAGGGUUCCUGGGACCAGAURUCCUCACUACCCUGGAACUUUGGACAGUUUGAACAAGAUGUGGUGGACAUCUGUUUUGAAAUCCUGGACAAUUCACCUGCUGCACUGACAAACCCAGAGAUGGACACAGCCAACCGAGCAGACCCAGUGUACGUGAGCAGGACAAUUACUGCCAUGGUGAAUGCUAAUGAUGACCGUGGCGUGGUGUCUGGCCGUUGGGACGGGAAGUACGAUGACGGGGUGCCGCCCACACGUUGGACUGGCAGUGUGCCCAUCCUCAGGCGCUGGAGUGAGGCCGGGGCACAGAGGGUGCGCUACGGACAGUGCUGGGUGUUCUCAGGCGUAGCCUGUACAGUUCUUCGCUGUCUGGGCAUACCCACUCGCCCAGUUACAAACUACUCCUCUGCCCAUGACACUGAUGGCAACCUGAAUGUGGACUAUCUGUAUGAUGAGCAGCUGGAGAGUGUGUCUGAAGGCAGGAAGGACAUGAUCUGGAACUACCAUUGCUGGGUGGAGUCCUGGAUGGARAGGGAGGAUCUUCCUAAAGGCUAUGAUGGGUGGCAGGCUCUGGAUCCCACCCCACAGGAGAGGAGUGAUGGGGUGUACUGUUGUGGGCCCUGUCCAGUGAAGGCAGUAAGGGAUGGUGAUGUGGGGAUGAAGUAUGAUGCAGCCUUCGUGUUCUCUGAGGUGAACGCAGACCUGGUCACCUGGAUAGUCUACCCAGAUGGCCAACGCUCACAAGUUUCCCUCAACCAGAAUACAGUUGGCCAAAACAUCAGCACCAAGAGUGUGUARGGAGACUACAGAGAGGACAUCACUAAACAUUACAAAUACCCUGAAGGUUCAGUGAAAGAGCGUGAGGUGUAUGAGAAGGCAGGACGGCGGGUAACGCAGCCGAAUGGAGCACRAGGGCAGCUGGAGCUGAAGAUCAAACACGCCCAGGCCAUCCUGGGGACAGACUUUGAUGUGAUAGUGGAGGUGCACAACGUCGGUGGAGAGGACACCCCAGCGCAGCUGACUGUGACGUCCAACGCUGUCACCUACAACAGCCUCCACCGGGGGGAGUGCCAUAGGAAGACUGCCAGCCUGACCGUGCCAGCCCAGAAAGCUCAUAAGGAAGUGCUGCGGCUACGGUACGAUCACUACGGGGCAUGUGUGUCUGAGCAUAACCUGAUCAGGGUCACAGCACUACUCCAGGUCAGCGGCCAGCCCGAAGUCGUCUUACAAGAGGUCAACAUCCAACUGAGCAUGCCUCAGCUCCAUGUCAAGGUAGUGGGAGAUGCAGUUGUAUCRCGGAAAUUGAUUGCCCACAUCAGCUUCACCAAUCCACUGCCUAUUACCCUCAGAGGGGGCGUGUUUACUGUGGAGGGGGCAGGUCUGACAGCAGCGCGGGAGAUCCAAGCACCAGAUGACAUUGGACCAGGUCAAGAGGUCAAGGUCAAGUUGUCCUUCAAGCCCACCCGAGCAGGCCUGAGAAAACUGAUGGUCGACUUUGAUGCAGACAGAAUAAGGGAUGUCAAAGGCAUUGCCACUUUGAUUGUGAGAAACAAGUGAACUGUCAAUUAACAAUGUAUAUCAUAUCAUGUAUAUUUCUAUAUAAAAAAAAUUACCCUGUAAAUGCAAAAUGAAAGUGAGUUGCAAAAUCAUGUGUUGUUUUUUUCUAUUGUUCUUGAUGAUCUUAUGAAGGGAUUUACAAGCCUUGGCAAAGAAAGAUGGGUCUCUGAAUCCAAAAGUAUUGCUAGAGUCCGGAGACUAAAUCUAUUUGUGAGACUAAUGUAACCAUACCCUUUGUCACGUAGAGUAGGCCAGAAGGCUAAACUGAAAAACCUAACCUCUAUCAAAUAAAAAGAUGGCAAAAGUA